AUUGUGGUGGUUCGCCAUUGAAACCAUGAGGGAAGAGACUGUUAGAUAAGUUAAUAUCAGGUCAUUUUCAAGGCGGAAGUGUCGUGCUGCAGAAGUUGAAUCAAAAGUAUCAUGGCUGCGUUUUACAUCUCUGUUAAUUACUUCAUAAGAUUUAAAAUGGGAGGAUUGACCAGAGUAACACUUAGCUGGAUUUGGCCAGUUUUUACCGAUUGUUUUAAAUCUGGCGUCGAUAAUUCUGCGUUUGGAAGAAAAGGAAAUUUUUUCCGGAAUUUCUUAAAGUUUGGGAAGAAACUUUUUGCUUCGUACACCGUGGUUUAUCUUUUGCUGUUCAGCUUUAUAUCAUCGGUUCAGUCGAUAGAUUUCCCUCAAGUCCCAGCUUCCCUUGGGCAGAAUGUGACUCUGCCGUGUCGAGCUCCCAGCAACAUCAACAUCUUAGCUGUAAUUUGGACCAGAACUAACUUGAGCUCACAAUAUGUUUUAUUUUUCCGGGAUGGGAAUCUUGAUACAGACAACACGGAGUCCUCUUAUGAGGACCGGGUGACGCUGGGGAACGACUCUCAGGACGGUAACCUGUCUUUGAUUCUGAGCAAUGUGACGAGCAGCGACUAUGGGACAUACAAGACUUACAUAAAAGAGGGCAAAGACAGAGAGAUUGUUACAUUACAGUUAAUCUGCACACUUUACCUGACAGAGUCUGUCUCAGAUAAACCUGACGUGCGGGUGGGAGAAAGAUUGCCAAAAUCGAUUGUUGUCAUACUGACUGUUGUCGGACUGAUUGUUGUCGGACUGUGUGUUGCUGUUUAUUGGAUCUACAGAAGACGACCUAAGAACCACAAGUCAGGCCAUCAUGAUCCAGAAAACGGCCAACUCAACCCAGUGGGUCCAGAUGGGAGCAUGUGUAGUGUAAGUGCUGAUCCUGUGCUAACCAAGGCUUAUACUGCAGUUAGGACAAUGUUGAUCAAUGGUUAUAAAUAUAACAAUAGUAAGAAUAAUAAUUUGUAAAUGAAUAGUUAUUAUUAAUAAAAUACAAGUAUACAUACAUUUCCUUUAGAGUGGUUUUUAAUGUACAUAGGAAUGAAAGUUUAUGGUAAAGAUAAUUAUGUAUUAACUUGCAGUGUCAUUAAAAGCAGAUACAUUAAUUUCCUUGCAGUGCAUUUCGGAAUGACGCUACUGGCUUUAAAUCUGCUACUGCUGCCUUCUUCUCCACCGUCGUUCGGAAACCAACAAAUCAUAAUCAACAAUCAAAUAUCAAACGGAAAACACACGAUGUCGGCCCGAGAUCGUACAUCGGCAUUAAAUGUCCAUCCAUCGUCACCCGCUUAUCCUGCGUACACGGUCGCGGGGGGGCUGGAGCCAAUCCCAGCUGACAUCGGGCAAAAGGCGUGGUACAUCCUGGACAGGUCGCCAGUCCAUCGCAGGGCCACGCAUAGACCCUAGAACCACCGCUCACGGCAUUAAAUGUAUUCCUGGGAAACGGCAGCGCUGUGUUUACAGCUAACAGCUGAUGGAGUUACGCGGAAUACCGGGUCCGAAGUUUUCAUCAGUCAGGAGGUUUUUUACAUCGAGCCGAAGUCGGUUUCCUCUUCUCUAAAACAAAUGGACCAGUUGAUUACGAUAAAAAUCACGUUCCUCCGGCGCUCAAGCGACGCAGACGUGGCUGAUAAUCUGCAGCUGGAAACAGUUUAAUAACCCACCAAAUUGUUGAAUUUUAUGCUUGUGAUGCUUUCUGUACGUGAGUUAUUUGAACUUGAUGGCUUUAUACAGGUUGUUAUUAAAUUUGGAACGAACGUCAUCGCCUGUCUCUUCAUUAUAAUCCCACACAAAAAAAGCUGUUUCUAAUGGUCCUGCAUACCCAGCAAGCAAUUUUGCAUUUAAAAGACGUCUAAUAGCCGUUUUAAUCAAGUUCUGACGUCUUUGUUAAAACGGCUGAAUUUGGGCUGUCAGUGAAAAGUUGGUAGGCGUCUGACCAUAGCCCAAAAAUAAACUAGUCCUCAAAUAAUGAAUGAUUGCAUAUCUACCUCUAAUAGACGAGACAAAAUAAUGGCUAAAAUAAUCUUUUUACUCAAAUAUAACAGGUUAUCAUAAAUGGCAAUCGACCCAAAUUAAUUAUAAAGAUUUUAUUAAGAAAAAGGAUUACAACGUAGCCAUCUUAAGAUAAAACACCAUGAUGGAAAUAUAAAGGAAUUACUAACAAAAUAUUAUUAUUACACACGAUACAAUUUUAUUUAUAAAGAUUAUGAUAAAAAAACAACUUAUGGUAAUAUAAAUAAUGACAAAAUAAAUGGGUUAGGCCAGGGGUUUUCAAAGUCUGAGACCUUUCCUCAGACAAAGCUUGUGAAAUGUCCCCCACAUCUUUAAUUUACUUGGUUAAUUUCGUCCAUAGACACUCAACAUUUGAGACAAAAUAGCCUGAUAUUGCGGUUUGACCUCUGACUGCACCAAAUGGUUUUAAAAAGGUCCUAAUCCAUUUAUUAGUUUCUGACUCUGAUGUGGGGGAACGGUUCCCCAAAAAUACUGUAUCUCUGAACUCUCACACAUGUAGGCUAUUCUAUGUGAUCUCAUUUUGAUAACUAAUGCAAUAAGUACUGUCAUAUUGUUUCCCUUCCGUUCACUGAGCCUCCCCUGAAACUGUCGGGAGCCCCCCUGGGGAGGCUCGCCUCACACUUUGAAAACCCCUGGGUGAGGCUACAUCCAAAUCUGGAUCCUUAUCCAAGAUGCUCCUUGAAGCAGCAAGAGCAUUAACUCGGUCUCUCGUCGCCGGUCUCUCAGGUAAUUGGGAUCCAUAAGUGUUGAAUAUGUACGAAUAAGCGUGAACAUUGUAACUGACUAUGUUCAGUGUUAAGACGUGUCUGACUAAUCAUUUGAUUUGAAGUUAAAAACAUACAGUAUAUUUCUAAUUAUCAAUCUAAUAAGGGUAAAACACGUUUUUUUUCUCUCCAUUAAAUUAUAAAAGGUUGCAGGUUUCAUGUUCACACCUUUUUUUUUUUUUUAAAUUUAGAUAAUUAAAUGUAGGAGUUACUCUGGGGUAUCAUGGAGUUCAUUAAUGUUGCAGGAUGUAUGCAGCAUGUAAAGCUAACCACAACUGUUACCUGCUGAAAUAUCACGGUUCCUACAUCUGAUAACAAGCCGUGUAGAUAAAUAAUGAAACAUGUCAAAACAAAGACACAGAUUAUUGGACAGCCUAUUUCCAAGACCAAAGUAAACUUCCGCUUUGAAUGUUUGCUGUAAACUCGGCCAAAACCGAAACGUAACUCUCGUUUCCAAAAAAAACCCCAAAAUGGUUGAGCUGUUUAUAGUGAGAUGUGGCAGCACUGACGUCUAACUUUCAAGUCUCGUGUUGCCAGUAGUCAUGACUCAGUAGGGCUGCAGCUGCCGUCUAGCGGUUGAAAAUAUUUAUUGCAUUUUGUUUUAAAUUAAAAUGAAAGUUAAUGCAGUGAACGUUACAGUGAAAAUAAAGAAAGGUUAAAGUUUUUCAAACGUUCACUUCCUGAAAGGAUGUCACGCACCUCAGCUGCAUGGGUGAAAACUACAUGUAACCUGGUCUGAACCAGAGCUACAGCCAAGCCGUUUACAUUAGACCUCCGACUGCCUCGAUUUCGCCGGGUGGACUAAAAGCAGAUUACACGUAGCCUGUCCACAUAAGAGCUAAAUCGUGGCUACAGAUAGACCAUGUCAAUUUAAUGACACAUAAUGUCUUGUAGAAAUUAUUGACUUUGCACAAAUAAUGUGAUCUGAACCAUGUCACGUGCUGCCAGGGCAAAAACCACUAUUAAUCAUUUUUGACUAAAAGUGGACUACAAAUAGCCGGUCUGACCAGGAGCUAGAUAUUGUAGCUACACACAGGUAAAAUGUGUGAAAGAAAUUAAACAAAAAACCUUGUAAUUACUGUAGACUCACAUGAUGGCAUAUCCUACACCUUGCAAGUUAUUUUGGCAAAAACUUCAUGUAACCAAAUGUAAGGUUAUUACAUCUGGAUGCAACCUCUUCCCAUUAAUGCAGGUUACUAACUCGACUUCUUCUCUUUCCCCGAGUCUUGUGCUUUCUUGUCCCUCUCCUCCUGUCACUUUCUGCAGGUGUUAGGAUCUGUGGUUGCGGAUGAUCAUUACCGAGUCUGCCUUCUGCCACCUCAAAAACAUCUCCAGACUUCGACCUUCACUGUCAGACUCUGUGGCAGAGUCACUCUUCCACGCCUUCGUCACCUCCCGCUGGGACUACUGUAAUGGUGUCCUGUAUGGGGUACGCAGCAAGGCUACGAUAUGUCUCGGCUGCCAGGGUUCUCACUCACACCAGGUCGUGGCAGCACAUCACCUCAAUCCUCACUCGGCUUCAAUGGCUCACGGUCAAAUUCCGCAUCACCUACAAGAAUCCUACUCCUCACCUAUAAAUCUCUCCAUGCCACUGCCCCCACACUCUAAAAAGUAAUUCAGGGAACCUGUUAACACCACUUGAUUAACUGCAUGGCUGCAAGAUAGAAAUUAUAAUUUAUUGAUUUAGAUAAAAGUUGCAAACUUUAUUUUUAUGAGUUGUGUUUAAGAAAUAAUAAUGGUAAUUAAAUCAACUUAAUUUUUCUAGUAAUGUUAACUCAAAUUUCAUUGUUAAAAUUCAAGUUCCAUUAACUUAACAAUAUUGGCUUGAUAACAAAUUCAGAGAGAUAAAAUCAGUAGUGGCAGAGUGCUUCUUUUUUGUCUGUCUUGGUCAGUACAGGGCAUUUUCUGAUGGCAUUAAUGGUUGGUGGGCAUUGAAAGUUAAUAUUUAAUGAACACUUGGAACGCCAGGAACUUUGUUUCUGUAGUUUAAAAAAAAAAAUUUAAUGAGUGGAGUUAAUAUUUUACAGAUUUUCUUACAGAAGAAAAUCUAUUCUGAACGCCUUAAUUUUUAUAAUGGUUUUUAGCUUAAAUCCUGCGUUCAUGAUUAUGGUAAUUAAAUAUUACACAAAAAUGAAUUUUAAAUAAGAAUAAAAUCUAGUUGGACCACCUUUUUGUGAGUAUUCAACUUAAACACUUGUCUUUAAGCUAUCAACAAUUAACUAAGUUGUACUAGAAAUUUUCUUUGAUUGUAGAGUAAGAGCUAAUUCCCAUAACUCAAUAUAGUUUGUUCAAUAUAAUUUCAACAGUUGUCAUAACUAAAAAAGAUUAAUGGAAACUGUUGCAUUUUUUUUUUUUUGUUGAGACUAAACAUUUGUUACUGGACCUUCUCCACUCCUAUGCCCCCUCAUGAAAAUGAAAACCCACCUCCUUGCAAAGGAAUUCAAUCCUGGAUGACUUUUUGUCUGUCUGUUAUGUGUAACGCAUCCGUGGGUCCUGUGAAAAAUAUAAGUUAACAACCCCCUGCUACAACUGUUAUUACCAGUCCUAUUGUUAUUAUAGUUAUCAUUAACAUUACUCUAAUUAUCUGUACCACUAUUCAAUUUCAGUCUGUCUGUAUUUCUGUGGUCUCUCUCUCUCUCUCCUUCACCCCAACCGGUCGAGGCAGAUGGCCGCCCACCCUGAGCCAUGGUUCUGCUCGAGGUUUCUGCCUCUUAAAAGGAAGUUUUUCCUUGCCUGUGUCGCCUAGUGCUUGCUCUUGGUGGGAAUUGUUGGGCUUCUGUAAAUAUCAUCACAGAGUCACGGUCUAGACCUGCUCUGUCUAUCAGAGCUGUUCAUGCUGUUCAUAUUGUGUGUGUAUAUAUUGUAUUUAUUGAAUACCAAAUCAACCUACCUCAAGUACAUAACACCUGCACAUAAUACUUAUUUAUUCCAGCAUCCUUUGCACUAUUGUCUCAGUCUGUCUAUUGUUUUAUUUAUUGUGUGUAUAUGUGUAAGUAAGCACAGCGUGAACAUAGUACAAUCCUGAGUCAAAUUCCUCGUAUGUGUACACAUACCUGGCGAAUAGAGCUGAUUCUGAUGAGAAACGCUGUGAGAUAACUGUUGUUGUGAACUGGUGCUAUAUAAAUAAAACUGAAUAACAAGUUGCCUCAA